AUGGAAGGUACAGAACUGGGUGGCGACCAGCAAUUUUGUUUGAGAUGGAACAAUUUUCAAGCGAAUAUAACUUCUCAAUUCGAGGCAUUGCGCGAUGAUGAGGACUUCGUGGAUGUCACCCUGGCAUGUGAGGGGCACCGGCUGGAGGCACAUAAAGUGGUUCUUUCGGCAUGUAGUCCAUAUUUCAAGGAAUUAUUUAAAAACAAUCCAUGUCCUCACCCUAUAAUAUUCAUGCGCGACUGCGAGGUGUCGCACGUGCGCGCGCUGCUACAGUUUAUGUACGUGGGACAAGUGAACAUAGCGCAGGCGCAACUCAGCGCUUUCCUACGAACUGCCGACGCGCUGCAAAUUCGAGGUCUCACAGACUGUUCACAACACAACGACAAAAAAGUGAAUCGAAAAUCACCUCCUUCCCAACUACGUAAUUUGCUCAGCGCCAAGCCGUCACACUCUACCUCCUCUUCCAAAGCCGCAAACCAAAAUGUCGAGACGACAUCUGUUGAAGACCAAGAUCAAAAUACAAGUCGUCGCUCCACGAGAAAUUCUCCCGAUGUUGCCAGAAACAAUCUCAAUGAAGAAGCUCCUUUUCAAACUUCUAGUCAAAUGAGGCCUAAUAAUGAUGACUAUAGAGAAACUCCCAAUUACCCAGCUCUGAGGGUAAAAACUGAUCUCGAAGCACCUGAUGUGAAAAAUGAAGAGAGUGAUAUACUUAUGGACCCUGGAGACCCUGAAAGAACAGACAAAUGCCAAGAAUUCAAUGCAACCGAUCUUCUGGAACCAAAAAUGGAAGUAAUGGAACAAGAGGCCAGCGACGAGGAGCGUUCUAACUUCCCACAGAUCUACUACAACGAGAACAACGCGCUCGCGAAUCCAUUUGCUGCACUGCAAGGUAAUAUGGAUCUGAUGGCUGGGAUGAACACGGAGCUACGAGACGAGAACGCGGAAGCUGUAGGAAGGUGGGAUGGUAGACGCAACCGUCCGGUCCCAGACGCCGUCUGGCUGGAGCAACACCGACGCGCCUUGCCCUUCGUCAUCAAACGAGAGAACGAACGAGGAGCCGCCGCACCUAGACUUAUAAAGUUGGGUGAGGGCGUGGAGAUACGCGAGGAGCUGUUGCGCGGCGUGAAGUGGGGCGACUACCGCAAGGUGACGCGCGGGCUGGCGGCGGCGCUGUUCUCGCCCAUCGAGCUGGCGACGUGCUCGGUGACGGGGCAGCGCUGGUCGCGCGCCGGGCAGGAGUCGCGCCCCACCAAGCCGCCGCUGGACCGGCGCCGCGUGCACGCGCUCAUCUCCUACGUCAGCCGACACUUCCCCGACGUCGAGGUCAGCCGGAUCAAGCAGGUGCUCGCCUACAAGUGCAAGGAGAACUGCGCCGCGCUCAGGAUGAGGACCGCCAGGUUGUCGAACUGUUUCAGCGAUUCGACCAAUUACUUGCUGAGCGCGGCCGCGCGGCCUCCUCCCUGCGACGUCGACGCGCCCGGCGGGAGUGCGCGCUCUUCCUACUCUAACUACGAUGCCUCGAAAGGUCCAGGCGGAGGAGGCGCGGGGUCUGGCGCAGGCGAGUACUCGCGGGGCGCGGGGGCGGGGGGCGCGGGCGCGGAGGAGGACGGCGAAGCGCAGUGA